UCGUCAGUCAGAUCCUGCAACGGGAGGCCCGAAACAAGCUACGCAAAACAUUACCUACUACAGCAGCGCAGCCUGACAAAACUCAUUUUUUUUUUUUUUUUUAUUUUACACUAACCAAAUAGACAUCUGUCUAUCACCUGUAUGCGUGCUCUGUAUCAGCGAGCAGUUCACGCAAGUUGACCAGCUUUAACGUGAGCCAGGCAAUCUGUCAUUAGCAUGGUUAGCAUGCUAACCUUAUGACAGAGUGCACUCGACUGGCUUAAGGUGCACCAAACGACAAGAAUUCAGCACAAACGACUGUGACGUCACACAAGAUCAUCAGCGGGGGCGCAGUGGAUAAGUGCAGUUCUGACACAGAGGAAUGAGUCAUGACCUCUGUGGUGAUUGUAGAUGGUGGAGGGAAUAUAUUGGAGUAUGUCGCUGGAGAUGAAGAAGCUCAGCAGGAGGUUUGUCCUGAUGGGGUGGAGGCUGAUGGAGAGAAGGACUGUCCCGCAGUGAUAGUGGAGCAGGUGAAUAGUGCUGAUGUGGAGCAGUGUUAUGCUGCUCAAGUGUUAGUCUAUGAUGAUCAGAACACCUACCUGGUGCAGGAUGUAGCUGAGGAACAAGUUGUGGAGACCGAGUUGCAGGAGAUGGCAGCAGUGGAGGUCUCUGUGCAUGAUAAAACGAUUGAAGCCGCCGAAGCACUGCUGCACAUGGAUUCACCAUCAAGUCUGCAGGGGGAUCGCAGCACAGGUGUGAUUUACAUCUACAUGUGUACUGCAUGCUGUAAUACAGGCUGUUUGCACUGUCCUGACUUAACAAAUGACUACCAUUUACGCUGUAUAUCAUUUUUUGCAGAGGAGCUUUUAUCUGAGGUGGAGGUUGAAGUGAGAACAGAGGAUAUGGGACCUGUUGCAAAGGACAUUGUUGUCCUGGAGGAGACUGAUUUACUGAAAAAGAAAAAGAGAGCAGGACGAAAACCCAGAACUCCACGGAGUUUCUGUGAUGGUUCUCUGGAUAUGGUCUAUAAGAGGAAAUCGAAAGACAGCAAGGGCUCAACUACUUACCUGUGGGAGUUCCUGUUGGACCUUCUGCAGGACAAGGAAACCUGUCCAAAGUACAUUAAGUGGACGCAGAAAGAAAAGGGCAUAUUCAAGCUUGUGGACUCCAAAGCGGUGUCUAAAUUAUGGGGGAGACAUAAGAAUAAACCUGACAUGAACUAUGAGACAAUGGGGAGAGCACUCAGGUAUUACUAUCAGCGGGGAAUUUUAUCAAAAGUGGAAGGCCAAAGACUUGUGUAUCAGUUUAAGGAGAUGCCCAAAGACAUUGUUUUCAUAGACGAUGACAAUAUGGAUGACAGCAUUGAUGAAGGAAAGAGAGAAAGCCCAGCUGCAUCCAAUCGCAGCAAUCCAAAAGGCAAAGGGAUGCCCGUUUCUCCGUCUACUGCUGUACCUAAAAUCAUCAAUCUAACCUCAGGACAAGAUGCCUUUAUGACUGUGCAACAGUCACCAGACAACAUAGCGACAGCUCCUGGGACAGUGAGACUUGCCAUGCAGGUUCCUGUACUCAUGACAACACAGGGUCAGAAAAUCUCCACAGUAACCGUCAACUCUCCCAACGUCCGCUCGUCGAUCCUCCCUGCGCACAACUCGGUUGCUGGGGGUAACAGCGCAGGCAAAGUGGUUCUCCAGGCCGUGCCAACGCUAGUGCCUGCACAGGGCCAAAGCGGUGAGAGAAUCACCUUGCAGCUCAUCACCCUUCCCACCAUGCCUGGCAAACCGGGCACUCCCAUCACCUUGAGCACGCUCUCCCCUGUCACUGUGCCUACCAGCAACACCCAAGUCCUGAAGCUCGCCGUCCCCUCCAACAUCACCUCAACCACCUCCACAGCUCCCGUAACUGUGGUGACCUCACAGCCGGGAGUGACCGUGGUGCCGAACGUACAGCCAGCGAUGUCUUUACAGGAUGUGACUAUUAUUAAGGUUGAAAAUCCAGAGGUUUCCGUGGAUCAGACAGUUAACAAGGCUGCAGAGAACACACAGACGAAACCCACGACCACACAGAGCUGAGCAAACAUCAAACGUCACUGCACUCACUCACAGGAACCAACAUCAAUGCGUGCGACACAGAUGCAGAUAAAACAAGUGAUGUGAAGAGUGGCUGUCUCUUAUGUGAAACAGAUGAAACCAGCACUACAGCUCAGACGCUUGUUCACGCCCAACACUAUAACCACCCUGUGUAGCCUGAGCCUGGAGUAGAUUUCAAAAGGCCUUUUUUUUCUUUCUUUCAUUUCUUAAAUUUAUCUAUUCAAAUCACGCUUUAGUAUAGCAUACCAUCUGUGCUGUGAUGCUGUAGGAAUGAACCUCAUUUGGUGCUAAAGACUGAGAGGAAGUCACAUGGGUAAAGAGAAACAGCCAAGGUUUUGGUCACCUGGUAAUUUGGAGCAUAAAAGAAUCUGUGCAUAGACAUACCACUGCGGUAGUUAAUGAUAAUAAAACAAGCAGCCUUAGGUCAGCUUUUCCUUCCUAAAUCAUUACUAAAAGUAAUUGAUUGCGCUUUUUGUGUAAAUAUGAGAUUUUCAUUUUUUUCAUUGAUAUUUUGUACCAAGAAGUGUUUUUUUUUUUUUUUUUUUUUUUACAGUUCAAAGGAAACUGUUUUCUGAAGGACAUUCAAAUCUGUUUUGUUUUCUGUCAUUUCAGACUUUUUAAAUAAUUUUCUUUGUGCAUUUAUCACUGUUUUCUGUAUCAUGCAUUCACUGCUUUGUAUUUUGCAGAUCAUUUUUUUUCACAUGUACAAAAAAGGGAAGAAUGUCUGAUACAGUAUAUUGAAUAUUCAAUAUAUGAAGCAUAUAUUUUGUUGUAUUCUUACCCUAAAAAUGUAUCCAAGUAGAUUUAAAUAUAGAGAAUUAUGCAAACAA